AUGCGUGAAUUCGUGUUCAACAGCUACAGAUUCAUCCUUAGUGCGGAUUCUACUCCCGCUACUCUCCACUGGAACCACAUUCUCCAGGUUAUAGUACCCACAAUCAGCCCUUUGGACUCCUUCAACGAGCAUGCCUCACCCACGACGUGUCCGAUUUGCUUAGACGCUCUUAUCGCCCCUAGGAUGCUUCUCUGCGGCCAUAUCUUCUGCCUCCCGUGUCUUCUCCAGCAUCUGGCCAGCAGCGACAAUCCAAAAUACACCAAAUGCGCUGUCUGCGGCGAUGUUUUCUACUUGAAGCAGGUUAAACCCGUGCAUUUGCAGCCCAUACUGCCAUCCUCAUCCACAAUAGACCUCACUCUCUUACGCAAGCCACUACAUAGCCAGCUGGCCCUGCCCACUGGUCACCUCUACCCGUCCUCGCUUGUCCGGCCGCAGGACAUGCCACCUUCGUUCAUCCCCGAUGUCUUCACAUUUGCCAAAACGAUGCACGCCACUCCAUCGACAGUAUCGCAGCUAUACACGCGCGACAUCCACGCCCUACAACGCGCGCGGGAUCGCAGCGCUGGCGAUACUUUCACACAGAUGUACAUGGACGACGCGAGUGCUCGGGUGGUCGACGCGCUGCACGCGGCCACAAACGCGACGCCAGCGUCUGCGCAUCAACACGAGUCCCACCAGCAAGUACUCCAUACGCAACUCACUCACCGCCCACCCUACACUCCGUCGGCGCACACACCCGACUACUUCUUUUACCAGUCGAGUCAGGGUUUGCCUGUGUUUCUGCACACACUUGACUCGCGCAUGCUGCUGCAGCAUUACGGUGCUUAUGCUGCCUUUCCACCGCAUGUGACGCUGCGCGUGGAGCACACGCACGAGUGCAUUGUCGACGCACACCUGCAGCGGCGCUGCAAAUAUCUCGCUCACCUCCCCCUCGGAUGCGAGAUUAUUUUCGUGGAGACGUCGCUCGAGGGUGUCGUGGACGACGCUACACUCGACGCUUUCAAGGAACCCCUCCUUCAGCGCAGACGGAGAAGAAUGGCGAAACAGCGCAAAGAGGAUCAAGAGUCUAGGCGGGCGCGCAGGAGGGCGGAUGUGGAAGAGAGUGAACGCGUAGCGAGGCAGACUGAGGCUCUCUCCGCUAGUAGCUUCCCGCAGAUGUUGUCCACCCGCUCGGCGCAGGAGGAGGAUGAGGAGAGUCAGCUUAAUCAUGCUCUCGCUAUUAGUUCUGCUGCUGCUUCUAGCUCGGCUGCUUCGCCGUGGGGUGGUUCUUUCGCAACCGCCCUCUCCUGUUCUGAUACUAAUGGCAGUCAGCGCAGAGAGGAUAUCGAAUCUUUUGAUUUACAGUGGAACAGGGCGUUGGAGGAGCAGAAUUCUCAUUCGCAUGAGAAUGUUAGUGGCAGUGCUACUUCUUCUGCUGGCGCUGGGAAGAAAAAGAAGAAGAAAACUCUCGUUCUAGGUGCCCAAGGUUCUAGAAGGGCUUGA